ACCUUAAAAGUAUCGGAUAUUCUGAUUUGAACUAAUAGAGCCUAGUCAGAGGAGUAAUGGAGAGCUGAAUGUCGAUACGGAUGUGGUUCAGAUGUUUGGCGAUCCAGAACUGCCUCCAGUAGAGAAGGCGCGUCUGCUCUCCAAGAGUGAUUAUGACUUUCAUCGUGCCUUCCUUGCAAGAGAGGUUGUAACCUUGUUGCCAUCCAUGGAUAUUGGCGAUGCCAUCUCCUCCAUCGUCCCUAUCGUUCGUGAGCUUUCAGCAGAUUCUCAAGAAUCAGUCAGGGAAUCACUGGCGUCUCAACUCGACAAGAUUGUUUUAUAUUUCUAUCAGAAUGCGAUAAUCACGGAUGAGAAAGCAUUAACAGAUACUGAGAAAGAGACAAAGGAUGCCAACACCCCACAUCAACCAUCAAAUUCCGCCGCACUGGCACAUAAUACCUUCACUCCUAUUUUCAUUAAUCUUUUGCUGGACCAAAAUGCUGCAAUCGCACAUCAAACUCGCGAGGCUGUCCGCUCAGUGGCUGAAAACUGUCGCGAGGAUCUCUUGGAAAGCGAGGUUUUGGAUGGAGUCAUUGCAGGGUUAGAAAAACUUUAUAAUAAUUCAUCUGCUUCAGAGCUCAAACAGGGAUUGAACAUGAACGGCGAAACCGAUCAAGAUGGGGAAGCAGAACUUGGAAAGAUGCUGGUUGUUGUGCUAUUGACUUCGUUGGCAAAAACUCUCGGCAAAGACAGGUGUACUCAGAUUGUACUACCUAAACUAGAAAAGCUUAUGAGCAACUCUCAAUUCUUUGUUCGCAAAGAAAUUGUGAUUGCUUUAGGGACACUAUGCAAGGUUGUGGAUCAACGUGUAGUGAUUGACAAGCUACUACCACUGUAUGAUACUUUCGUGCAUGAUGACACAUGGCAUAUUCGACGAGCUUGUUGCACGGUUCUUGCCUCCUUCGUAUCAUCAUUACCCGUAGAGAUGAAGACCAAGAAGGUGGAAGAGAUUUACGAUUUAUAUUCAGUAGAUGUCAGCAGAAGUGUUCGUAACUCCAUUAUGGAAGUCCUAGGUGAGGUUAUUGCUGGAUUUGAAGAGGGAAAAGUCCCAGAUUCCCUCUUGAAUCACUUCUUAAACAUGGGACAGCAACCAAUGAAUGAGCAUGAAUUAGCCGUAAUGUGCGCUUUUAGUUUCCCUGCUGUUAUUUUGACUGCUGGUCGGUCAAAAUGGGAAAUGAUGAAACCUGUAUACAUGAAAUUGGCUGCGACAUUCAGGUCUCCAAUCCGGAGGUCUUUAGCUUGCUCGCUCCACGAAGUGGCUCGUAUUCUUGGACCUGAAAUAGCUGAUCGCGACCUUGCAGUGGCUUUCUCUGAUUGCUUAGUGGCAGAGGACGAGGUCAAAGAAGGUGUUAUUGGGCAUGUUGUAGAGUUUAUUUCGUGUCUUUCACCACAAUGUCGGUCAUAUGCGCUUCGCAAUAUCUAUAAUGCUUGGUCAGAACUGGAGAGAUCCAGUAACUGGCGUCUGCGCGACUCUUUAGCCGGUCAGUUACCGGCACUAUGCGAGAUUGCAGAAGCAAAAGAUUUAUUAGAAUACUUGAUGCCCUUGAGUAUACGAGCCUGCACUGAUGGGGUGUCAACAAUCCGUGAGUCAGGAGUCAUGUCAUUUCCUGCUCUUUGGGAGGUCAGUUCACGCGUUGGGCCCGUUGUCCAUAAGAAAGAGAAGGAAGAUAACGAUGUGGUCAUGGAAGAUAGCGAAGAUCUUGGCCCGGUGUUGGGAUCCUUUGGUGAGGGGGAGGACCUUGAUAUGGAAGAUGUGACAAAUCAAUUGUACAACCCACCACAUAGCUCUCAAGCCGGACAGAUUGAUAGUGCUACCAAAACAAAUGGAUCUAUUUCAUCAACAAACACUUCUGGGCAGGAAAGGACGACGACCAUCAAAGAGCAAGUGGUUCAACAAACAAUUGAGUUUAUCAAUAAUGGUGGUUUUCGAUCUCGUGUUGUUGCGGUCCAAAUUAUUCAGUCACUGCUCGACUAUGGAAUUGAUAUCGAGGAUUUCGAGGAACAUUUCUUGCUGCCAUUAGUUGAGCAACUUGCAACGGAUAAUGUAGUGAAUGUGCGUAUUUGGGUAUCGAGAGUCAUUACCUGGAUUAUCGAAAGCGGGUUGUGCAAGGAAUCAGCAAAUAUUUCCGAUCGACUUCAGACGACUCUGCUGAUCUUGCAGAAAGAUCCAGACCGUGAUGUUCGAAUCUAUGCCGGCGGUCCUGCUGAGCUCCCCAAGCCAAAGAAGAAGAAAAAAUCAUCAAAGAACAAAAAGAAAAAGAAAAAGGACCAGGAUCAGCAGCAAUCAUCAUCCUCCAUUGGCGGCAUCAAAAACGGUGCGGAUCGGAGCCAGGUCUCGACUAUCAAUGAGGAAGAUGAAAAUAGUGAGGACAUCAAAUUCUUGAAAGGAGAAGGGGACAGUGACGAUAAUAAUGAUGAGGAUGAUGAUGACGAUGAUGACGAUGAAGAAGAGGGUGAAAGUGAUGAGGAGAGUAGUGAUGACAGUAUGGAAUUUUUGAACUCUGCAAAGACAAAAGGUAUCUCCAACAAACCACGGAAUCGCAAUAGUCUUGGCAUUGGCAUGAAGGUCAUGGUUGGCAACAAACUCACUGUGUCGGGCAAAGAGAUCCGAAAACCCAAGACUAGCUGGGACUAUGUUCAUGGUGAGAUUGAUGAAGAUGAAGAUGAGACAGGAGACAGCUCGCAAAAAUCAUUCUCAGCGGCUUUGGGAUCCAAGGAAGUACAAAAGCUUCGUUGGUCAGAGAAUGGUGAUGAUGACAGUGAGGAAGGUGGAUCCUUGUUUGAUGCCCCAAGGCAGCCUUUGGAACAUGAUGACGAUGAUGAUCCUGUCGAUCCGAGUGCAGAUAUCUCUAAGGUUGUCCCAUAUAAUGCUCGCAGAGCUGAUAGUGCAAGCCCGCUGGAUGUUGAAAUGGAGGGUUCAGGCGAACGCGUUUCUGUUUUUGUGCAAACUGGCGAUACUCUUGCUCUUGCUGGUCAAGAGCCAACGCUUGACCGGACACGGAGCGCCACUCAACCAUCAACUGACUCGCUGCCCAAACCCUCCCCUGCACCUGCUGUUUCACAGUAUCCUCCACUUUCACCAAUGUCAGCACCCUCAGUGGAGGCUGUCUCCGCUAAAACACCCCCUUCAGGGCUCAGCUAUGCAGAUUCUGUGAAGCAGGACGAAGCUAACCCCAAGUCAAACUAUGAGCCAAAUCAAAAAGAUGUGGGGGCUGUCACUGUCGAGGCAGCAACGACGCCUAGUGCAUCCUCAUCUGCAUCCUCCAGCAACAGGAAUGGACUGCUGCUUACAAAUGCAUCUCUCACAGCGAGGGGACGGUCUCCUGAAGAAGAAGUUUUGCGUGUGUUGAACGCAAAGCUAAUGGCAACUGGCACAGGCAAAAAAGCUCAUCACCCUGUAUUGCCACCACCCAUCACCGUCAACACGAGUAGAAAGGCUUCGUUUGGAGCUGCGGACCCAGGAUCACCAUCCUAUGCUGCAAUAGUAGCCUCAGGGGCAUCAUCUCCGCACCCAGGAAUAUUGCCAGCCAUGCCAUUGCCGGCUAUAACUGCUGGAUCAAAUAUGAGGCCGAAUAUGAAUGCAAAGUUUGGAUCGUCUUAGAUUUUAAGUGCUUUUAUAUAUUUCUUCAUGUCAUAUCAUUUUUAUUUUUGUAUUUUGGCAAACUGCUUUCACAUCCAUUCAUCACACUCAUUAUUUUUCUGUACCUUUAGUCCAAACAUCGUUUAGCUUGUAGUUCUUUUUGUUCCCUAGUGUUGUCAUGCUAAAUAAUACCUAUUAUCUAAUAACAACUUGAGACGCGUUCAUGUUACACCCAAGUAGCUAAAUACCAACU